GAGGGCUGCUGGGCGGGAGCUUUGUCGGUCCUGGGCCCUCGGAGGGAGGUGAGACCCAGCAGCCCCUGCCCCAGCAUCUGAGCGCCUCGCCUGGGUGCUGCCCAGUGCCCCUGGUAGAGACAGGUUCCCCCGCCUCCCCCCACCCCCACCCCCAUGGAUCACUCCUCGUUCAGCGGUGCACCUCGCUUCCUAACCCGGCCCAAGGCCUUCGUGGUGUCAGUGGGCAAAGAUGCCACGCUGAGCUGCCAGAUCGUGGGCAACCCCACGCCGCAGGUCAGCUGGGAGAAGGACCUGCAGCAGGUGGAGGCAGGCACUCGCUUCCGCCUGGCCCAGGACGGCGACCUGUACCGCCUCACCAUCUUGGACCUGGCGCUGGGCGACAGCGGGCAGUAUGUAUGCCGUGCGCGCAACGCCAUCGGCGAAGCCGUCGCGGCGGUCGGCCUGCAGGUGGACGCCGAGGCAGCGUGCGCCGAGCAGGCACCCCAUUUUCUGCUGCGGCCCACAUCCAUCCGCGUGCGCGAGGGAGCCGAGGCCACCUUCCGCUGCCGCGUGCGCGGUUCGCCCCCGAUGUCUGUGAGCUGGGACAAGGAUGGGCGGCGCCUGGGCGCGCUGCAAGCUCCCCGAGUGCGCGUGGAGGCGAGCGGCGAGGCGAGCGCGCUGCGCAUCCUGGCCGCGCAGCCGCGCGACAGCGGCACGUACACGGUGCACGCGGAGAACCCGCUGGGCGCCGCUAGCGCCGCCGCUGGGCUUUUGGUGGACACGGAAGCAGACACAGCCGGCCAGCCCGGGGCCUCCACAGCCAUGCUCCUGGCGCACCUGCAGCUGCGGCGCGAGGCCAUGCGCACCGAGGGCGCCCCGGCCUCGCCGCGCAGCGCCAGCACGCGCACCUGCACGGUGACUGAGGGCAAGCACGCGCGCCUCAGCUGCUUCGUGAUGGGUGUACCCAAGCCUGAGAUAGUGUGGAAGAAGGAUGGGCAGCUGGUGGCCGAGGGCCGGCGACAUGUGGUGUACGAGGACGCGCAGGAGAACUUCGUGCUCAAGAUCCUCUUCUGCAAGCAGUCAGACUGUGGCCUCUAUACUUGCACGGCGUCCAACCUCGUGGGCCAGACCUACAGCUCCGUGCUAGUCGUCGUGCGAGAGCCCAUGGUGCCCUUCAGAAAGCGGCUGCAGGACCUGGAGGUGCCAGAGAAAGCGUCGGCCACGUUCCAGUGUGAGGUGCCGCUGCCGCCCGUGGAGUCUGCGUGGUAUAAGGAGGAGACGCGGCUGUGGGCCAAUGCCAAGUACCUCAUCGAGGAGGCAGGCGCUGAGCGCCGACUGACCGUGCUCAAUGUCACUUCCGAUGACGAUGCCGUGUACAUCUGCGAGACGGCAGAGGGCAGUCGCACGGUGGCCGAGCUGGCGGUGCGAGGCAACCUCCUUCGAAAGCUCCCGAGGAAGACAGCUGGGCGAGUGGGAGACACGGCCAUGUUCUGUGUGGAGCUGGCCAAGCCAGAGGGCCCCAUCCACUGGCUGUGGAACCAGCAGGAGGUGGUGGCCGGGGGCCGAGUGGCCAUUACUGCCGAAGGCACGUGCCACACGCUGACCAUCUCCCAGUGCAGCCUGGACGAUGCGGGUGAGGUUGCCUUUGUGGCUGGGGACUGCCGGACGUCCACCCAGUUCUGCGUGUCAGCCCCCAGAAGGCCACCCCUGCAUGCUCCUGAGGCCCCUGUGGUGAAGGCCAGGACAGAGAGCUCCGUGACCCUUGGCUGGUCCCCACCACCCCAUGGGGACCGCCCUGUUGCUAUCGAUGGCUACCUGGUGGAGAAGAGAAUGGGCACCCACCCCUGGAGCCAGUGCCAUGAAGACAAGUGGGUGGCCACGCCUGAGCUGACCGUGGCUGGCGUGGCCGAGGAGGGGGAAUUCCAGUUCAGGGUGUCAGCUGUGAACAGAUUUGGCCAGAGCCCCUACCUCGAGUUCCCGGGAACUGUACACCUGGCCCCCCAGCUGGCUGUGAAAACACCUCUGAAGGCGGUAGAGGCAGUGGAAGGUGGCGAGGUGAGCUUCUCUGUGGACCUCACUACGGCCUCAGCAGGGGAGUGGUUCCUGGACGGGCAGGCCCUGAAGGCCAGCAGCGUGUAUGUGAUACACUGUGACGGCACCCGACACACUCUCACCAUUCGCUUGGUGCCUGUCAGCCUGCACGGGGCCGAGCUCAAGUUCGUGGCCAAUGGUAUCGAGAGCAGCAUCCGCAUGGAGGUCCGAGCGGCCCCGGGGCUGACGACCAAGUGUCCGGCAGCAGCAGUGGCAGCACGGGAGGUGCUGGCCCGGCUGCACGAGGAGGCCCAGCUCCUGGCCGAGUUGUCGGACCAGGCUGCAGCUGUGACGUGGCUCAAGGACGGACACGCACUGUCUCCAGGCCCCAAGUAUGAGGUGCAGGCGUCAGCCGGGCAGCGGGCACUGCUAGUGCGGGACGUGAAGCAAGAAGACGCAGGCCUGUAUGAGUGUGUCAGCCACGGGGACCGCAUCGCCUACCAACUAUUGGUGCAAGAGUCCUCUGCGGUGUUUAUCAAGGGGCAGCCAGCACAUAAAGAGGUGCAGGCCGUGGUGGGGGCCAGCACCACACUGAGCUGCGAGGUGGCCCAGGCUCAGAUGGAGGUGACGUGGUACAAGAACAGGAAGAAGCUGAAUUCGAGCGCAAAAGUGCGUGUGGAGGCCAAGGGCUGCACCCAGAGGCUGGUGGUGCAGCAGGUGGACAAGGCAGACGCCGGGGAGUACAGCUGCGAGGCCGGGGGCCAGAAGGUCUCCUUCCACCUGGAUGUCACAGAGCCCAAGGUGGUGUUUGCCAAGGAGCAGCCGGCACGCAGUGAAGUGCAGGCCGUGGCGGGGGCCAGUGCCACGCUGAGCUGCGAGGUGGCCCAGGCCCAGACGGAGGUGACGUGGUACAAGGACGGAAAGAAGCUGAGUUCGAGCUCGAAAGUGCGUGUGGAGGCCUCGGGCCGAGGGCGGCGGCUGGUGGUGCAGCAGGCGGGCAAGGCAGACGCCGGGGAGUACAGCUGCGAGGCCGGGGGCCAGAGCGUCUCCUUCCACCUGGAUGUCACAGAGCCCAAGGUGGUGUUUGCCAAGGAGCAGCCGGCACACAGUGAAGUGCAGGCCGUGGCGGGGGCCAGUGCCACGCUGAGCUGCGAGGUGGCCCAGGCCCAGACGGAGGUGACGUGGUACAAGGACGGAAAGAAGCUGAGUUCGAGCUCGAAAGUGCGUGUGGAGGCCUCGGGCCGAGGGCGGCGGCUGGUGGUGCAGCAGGCGGGCAAGGCAGACGCCGGGGAGUACAGCUGCGAGGCCGGGGGCCAGAGUGUCUCCUUCCACCUGGAUGUCACAGGUCAGUCCUGGAGGAGGAUACUAAGCUAGCCUAUUUGGAGGUGACGAGGGGACUGUCUUGCGGCCUCCACAGACUGGUGUUCACUCUCCUGUAGCCUCCCAGUCUUCCACGUCCCACGUUUAUAGCCAUUUUUGCCUGGGGGUGGUAGGAUGGAGAGGGUGGGCGUGGAAGG